CGGCCGGGAGCGCAGGUCCGCCGCAGCGAUGUUGCCGCUGACCGUGAACUUCAAGGUGUCGUCCCGGACCCUCACCGGGGCCCUCAGCGCCUACAACAAGGCGGCGGUGGACUGGGGCUGGCAAGGUUUGAUUGCCUACGGCUGCCAUUCGCUCGUGGUGGUGAUCGAUUCCGGCACUGCCCAAACUCUUCAAGUUUUAGAAAAGCAUAAAGCUGAUGUGGUCAAGGUUAAGUGGGCCAGAGAAAAUUAUCACCAUAACAUUGGUUCACCAUAUUCCUUGCGCCUGGCUUCUGCUGAUGUCACUGGAAAAAUCAUCGUUUGGGAUGUAGCAGCAGGAAUAGCUCAGUGUGAGAUCCAAGAACACGCCAAACCUAUUCAGGACCUUCAGUGGUUGUGGAGUCAAGACGCUUCCCGAGAUCUGCUGCUGGCUGUCCACCCGCCGAACUACAUUGUGCUCUGGAACGCAGACACGGGCACCAAGCUGUGGAAGAAGAGCUACGCGGACAACAUCCUUUCUUUUUCUUUUGACCCUUUUGAUCCCUCACAUUUAACUUUGCUCACCAGUGAGGGCAUCGUGUUCAUCUCGGACUUCUCCCCGUCCAAGCCUCCCGCGGGCCCUGGGAGGAAAGUCUACAUAUCCAGCCCGCACUCCAGCCCCGCUCACAGCAAGCUGGCCGCAGCCACCGGGGCGAAGAAGGCUCUCAAUAAAGUCAGGAUCCUGAUCACUCAGGAGAAACCCAGUGCCGAGUUCGUAGCCCUCAGCGACUGCCUGCAGCUGGCCUACCUGCCGUCCAGAAGGGGCCACAUGCUCUUGCUGUACCCUCGGGAGGUUCUGAUCCUCGACCUGGAGGUGAACCAGACCGUGGGUGUGGUCGCCAUAGAGCGGACGGGGGUUCCGUUUCUGCAGGUAAUACCCUGCUCUCAACGUGAUGGUUUGUUCUGCCUACAUGAGAACGGCUGUAUCACGUUGCGUGUUCGAAGGUCUUACAGCAGUGUUCCCACCACGUCACACGAGGAACCAGACCCAGACCCUGUGCAGGAGCUGACCUAUGACUUACGGAGCCAGUGUGACGCCAUCAGGGUGACCAAGACGGUCCGGCCCUUCUGCAUGGCAUGCUGCCCGGUCAACGAGAACGCAGCGGCCCUCAUAGUGAGCGACGGCAGGGUCAUGAUAUGGGAACUGAAGUCUGCCGCUUGUCAUCGAAGCUCACGGAAUAGCAGCUCUGGCCUGUCGCCUCUCUACUCACCAGUGUCUUUCUGUGGGGUUCCCGUGGGCGUGCUGCAGAGUAAGCUCCCGGACCUCUCCCUGGACAACAUGAUUGCGCAGAGCGCAGUUGCUGGGGAAGAACAUCCCGAAGGCUCCGUUCUGCAGGAAGUGUACCUCAAAUUCCUGCUCACAGGGCUGCUUUCAGGUCUGCCCUCGCCCCAGCUCACUGUCCGCAUGUGUCCACCGCUGACCACAAAAAACAUCAAGAUAUAUCAGCCACUGCUUGCUGUCGGCACAGGGAAUGGCUCGGUCCUGGUGUACCACCUCACCAGCGGGCUGCUGCACAAGGAGCUGAGCGUCCACUCGUGUGAAGUCAGGGGAAUUGAAUGGACGAGUUUGACUGGUUUUCUUUCUUUUGCUACCUCAACACCAAACAAUAUGGGAUUAGUGAGAAAUGAACUCCAGCUGGUUGAUCUUCCAACAGGGAGGAGCAUCGCCUUCCGAGGUGAACGAGGCGGUGACGAGCCGGCCAUCGAGAUGAUCAAAGUGUCUCAUCUGAAGCAGUAUUUGGCAGUUGUGUUCAAAGAUAAACCCCUGGAGCUAUGGGACGUUAGGACUUGUACCCUUCUUAGAGAAAUGUCCAAAAACUUCCCUACAGUAACUGCUUUGGAGUGGUCACCGUCUCAUAACCUGAAGAGUCUGAGAAAGAAGCAGCUGGCCACCCGGGAGGCCAUGGCCCGCCAGACCGUGGUCUCGGACACGGAGCUGAGCAUCGCCGAGUCGUCCGUGAUCAGCCUGUUGCAGGAAGCAGAGAGUAAAUCCGAACUCAGUCAGAACAUCUCCGCCCGGGAACACUUUGUGUUCACUGACAGUGACGGCCAGGUCUAUCACUUCACUGUCGAAGGGAACUCGGUGAAGGACAGCGCUCGGAUUCCACCAGACGGAAGCAUGGGCAGCGUCACUUGCAUCGCGUGGAAAGGUGACAUGUUAGUUCUUGGAGAUGUGGAUGGAAACUUAAAUUUCUGGGAUUUGAAAGGCAGAGUAUCCAGAGGGAUACCUACACACCGAAGCUGGGUGAGGAAGAUCCGUUUCGCCCCUGGCAAAGGAAACCAGAAGUUAAUAGCCAUGUACAAUGACGGAGCUGAAGUGUGGGACACGAAAGAGGUUCAGAUGGUGAGCAGUGUAAGAAGCGGAAGAAAUGUGACCUUCCGGAUACUGGACGUGGACUGGUGUACGUCAGACAAGGUGAUCUUGGCGUCGGACGACGGGUGUAUCCGAGUCCUGGAGAUGUCCAUGAAGUCCACGUGUUUCAGGAUGGACGAGCAGGAGUUAACCGAGCCCGUGUGGUGCCCGUAUCUCCUCAUCCCGAGAGCCGCCCUCGCCCUGAAAGCUUUCCUGCUGCACCAGCCGUGGGGUGGACAGUACUCUCUGGACAUCUCCUGUGUUGAUUAUCCAGAAAAUGAAGAAAUAAAGAAGCUCCUUCAAGAGCAGUUGAAUUCAUUGUCCAGCGACAUAAAGAAACUGCUGCUCGAUCCAGAGUUCACGCUCUUGCAGAGAUGCCUGCUUGUCUCAAGGCUGUACGGCGAUGAGUCGGAGCUGCAGUUCUGGACGGUGGCUUCCCACUACCUGCACAGCUGGGCCCGCAGCGCCGCGCCGGAGGCCGCUCCUCAGGACAGAGCCAGCAGCCCCCUGGACAUCUGCCACGACGUGCUCUGUGAGAACACCUGCUUCCAGAAAUUUCAGCUGGAAAGGGUUAAUCUGCAGGAAGUGAAACGGUCCACUUACGAUCAUACACGGAAAUGCACAGACCAGCUGCUUCUCUUGGGUCAAACAGACAGAGCUGUGCAGCUGCUGCUGGAGACCAGCGCGGACAACCAGCACUACUACUGCGACGCGCUGAAAGCCUGCCUGGCCACCACCGCCCCCUCGUCCGGCCCCUCCCAGAGCACCAUCAAGCUGGUGGCCACCAACAUGAUCGCCAACGGCAAGUUGGCGGAGGGCGUCCAGCUGCUCUGCCUCAUCGACAAGGCCGCGGACGCCUGCCGCUACCUGCAGACCUACGGCGAGUGGGGCCGGGCCGCGUGGCUCGCAAAGGUCCGUUUAAAUUCUGAAGAGUGUGCUGAUGUCCUAAAGCGGUGGGUCGACCACCUCUGCUCUCCGCAAGUCAACCAGAAGUCGAAGGCCCUCCUGGUCCUCCUGUCCCUGGGCUGCUUUUCCAGCGUGGCCGAGACUCUGCACAGCAUGAGGUACUUCGACCGCGCCGCCCUCUUCCUGGAGGCCUGUCUGCAGUGCGGCGUGCUGGGGGCCGGCGCCGACUCCCAGAGACUCACCUCUGCCAUUUAUGCUGAUUAUGCCCGAAGUUUGAAGAGCCUCAGUUUUAAACAGGGAGCAGUUCUUUUUGCUUCAAAAGCUGGAGCGGCCGGCAGAGAUUUAUUGGAUGAUCUGGAGCCCCCCCGGCAGGACCUGACUGAAGAGUGACAGGCGGGCACGUGCAGGAGGCCAGCCUCGCAGCCGGUGAGGCCGUGUCGGCCGGCUGUGGCCCAGCCUUGGGCCACCUCUCCAGCGUCCACGGCUCCCUGCGCAGCGGCACGGAGCACGUCAUCCUGGCUGCUCUCAGAGACGUGGACACGCCGAUUCUCACCGUGGGGGCGUUUUAUACUCUGGGAGGGAUCUUUAAGAGUCCUGGGAACACUUUGUGUUUUUAUACUUAAAAUUCAAGUACUUAAUUACUUUUCUCAUCGGUUAAAUGUAAAGACGUUUGAAAGUCCACAGUAAGUCUGUGGAGCCCGUGUGCACUGUCACUGAGAAGGGGCAGAGUGAGGUGCUCACACGGGGACGCGACCCCAGAGCCCCAGCCCUGUGACCUGGACACCGCCGUCCGUCCCCUUGUGUGAGCAUCAGCUGAUUGUGGUUUCGGGCUCAUGGCUCCUAGGGGGAUGUGAAGCUGUGUGCGGGGUUCCAGGGGGUCUGAUGGUGUGAAUCCGGACUGUGACGUCGCGGCGUCGUCCUCUUCGAGGCCUUGGAGUGUCACUUUUCCUUCUUUGUGGUCGAGUGUGAGACGUGACUGUUGUUACUGCUGAGAGCUUGAUGUCUGUAGCUACGGAAACGGUAAAUAAAGAGGAAUC